AUGGGAGAUGGUUUGGCGGAAACAGUAGCAAACAUCAAGGAUUCAAAUGGUCGAACUGCAUUGCAUUUUGCUGCAGUAGGAGGAAGGACUCAUGCGUGCCGGUACCUUAUGGCAGAAGCUAAAGUCGAUGUUAAUGCGAGAGUUGGGAAAGGGGCAACUCCUUUGCAUUAUUCUAUUCCAACAUAUCAUUAUCCAACUGCGGUUCAUCUUCGUGAGAAUGGUGCAAAGCCGAAUGGAGCAACUGACAAGGGACUCACUCCUAUGCAUUUCGCUGUAAAGAGAUGUUGUUUUUAA